CUUACACGUAAUUACCCAACGAACAUUAAAUCUCAGGUAUAGUGGUCACACCCUCGAUGUAUAUUAAGUCUUAAAUUUUUCCGGGUGAUAUAUUAAUAGAGGUGCAAUAAAAGGCAAUAAAUGGGGCUGUAAUCAAUUUGGGAUUUCACAACUAGACAGGACAUUGAAAGUGUGAUAAGAUUCAAAUCAUGGCGAGACUGGACGUACCGUUAGUUUUUUGUGGCUAUAUAUUUUAUACAGUGUUACUUUUACUUCAUCUCACUUCAUUGACAGUAUCUCAGUCUACCACAGAUAGCAAUUCCAUCACUACCAUUGCGCCAACUACUGUGAACAAUAGUUUGUCUGUCACUGAAACAGCCGCAACAGAAUUGUUUUCAUCAAAUCUAUCAUCUUCUAUUUCAUCUAACAACACAUAUGAAACUGUUUCGCCUUCGUCAUCAUCCAUCAGUACAACAUCAAAUCCAAGUAUCGGUAUACCGUUAGAUUCAAGUAUCGAUAUGUCGUCAUACAUAUCCUCUUCUAGUUCGAUGGAUGUAAUGGAAUCCUCAAACAAUUCAAUUGAGACAAUGACUUUAUCGGAUUAUCCAAUGGAAUCAAGUACCCUUAACAUACAAUCAUCGAGUGACAUUGUUACAGUAACAAGUACAAGUGUAAAUAAUUCGAAUUCAAAUAAUCAAAUUAGUUCAAGUCAAACUACUUCAGGUUCUACACCUGCGAUGUCGAUAGCACAGACAACAGACAUUUUAGAAACAAAUAGCCCGAUGAUAUCUACAGGACUUAAUCCAAUGACAAGUAUAGAUUCAUCCCCAUCGUCAAUAGAAACUAUCGAAUCGUCUGAACCAAUCGAUUUAGAAUCGUCAGUAUCGGAAUACCGCACAUCAUCCGACAUUGAAGUAACAUCGUCAAUAUUAGCCACAGAAAAUCCAUCUUUGACAUCAGUCGGUACUGAAAUGACAUCAACACCCAUUGAUGAUGCUUCAUCGUCAGUAUUUAUAAAUUCAAUGGUAUCGGACAUGCCAAGCAGUUCGGAAACACCAGUAUCGUCAGAUAUUCAAAGUGCUUCCAGAAGUGUUUCUUCCCUUGGUAUUGUACCAUCGUCAACAGUUACCCAAACCACUAGUAGUUCGUACAUUCAAGUAUCGAGUUCAGUUUUACCGAUGACGACGACGACGACGACGACGACGACGACAACAACAACGACAACGACGACAAAGCCACCUCCAACAACAACUUUAGCAGACGAUAUUGAAUCAUCAAUAGAUGGAAAUACUUUAUUCAAUAUAAGGACUAAUUUGAAUAUCAACAGCAGUAGUUGUGAGAACUAUAGAGUUGACGAGGCGCUAAGGAACUUUAUACAAAAGGAGGUACUUAAAGGCGUAGAGGCUGUGCGAAAGGUUGUUGUAAUUAAGAAUGGGUGUAUAAACGUUAGAAGAAGAAAACGUGCAGUCGAUGGUUACCUGCUGUCACAGUUUGAUAUUGGUGUCGAUGCCAAUGCCGCCAUAGCCGAUCCCGUUACAGUAGCAAAUAAGAUUGCAGGCGCUUUAAAAAAUAAUGAAAACAUUAGUUUUACCGAGGCUGGCACUUUUAAUGAAACAGUUCUAAAUACAUUUAACAAUGUAUGCAAAUCUGAUAUUUGUGAUAAAUAUUAUGGAUACUCUUGUCAACAAAUGAAUACAACAGAAGCCAAGUGCACAAGUAGAUGUAAAGAUGUAACCUGUUCUAACCACGGAACCUGCAGUACCAUAGUCACAGAUAGUAACGUUUUUGGACAUCAUUGUUCGUGUCAAAGUGAAGAAUAUUAUAAAUAUGAAGGAGACAACUGCGAAGACAAAAGAAUGAAAUGGGAAUUAGCUGUUGCCAUAGCAGCUGGAUCAGGGGGAGCAGUUAUUUUAAUCUUAGUUUUUGUUCUAAUAAUUUGCUGUUGCUGUAAAAAUAAAGGAGACAAGUAUGGAUAUGAUAGAAGACACAGUUAUGAACCAAUGUCAGAUGUUAUAGGAAGAUCUGGACCUGCGUAUUAUAGAAAUGACACUAAAAAUCAACAACCGGUGAGUGGGUUUACAAAUUUAGGUUAUGAUGAUGAUAAAUAUAGCGACUAUAGUGAUCCAAGUCAAACAAGACCCCCAAACGGACAAUCCUGGAAUCCUGAGGAUAGCAAAGACACAUAUGCCAAAAUAACUGAACAGUUAGACCAAGAAAAACGUUUUGAGAUAAAAAGACCACAAGUAUCUGGAAGUAUACGACAGAAUUCAAGCGCGGAGGCAACAACAGGAUUUUAAAAAACAACAGAAGCCAUAACAUGGAGAGAACAAUAUUCUUAAUUAUAGUAUUGGUUAUUAGAUGUGUUUAAACUAUUUGGUCUUCCGUCAUAAUGAUCAUACUUUGUAGUUUCCUAUAGAUUGAAGUUUUUAUGCCCCACCUACGAUAGUAGAGGGGCAUUAUGUUUUCUGGUCUGUGCGUCCGUUUGUCCGUUCGUCCUUUUAUCUGUCUGUCCCGCUUCAUGUCAAAGUUUUUGGUCAAGGUAGUUUUUGAUGAAGUUGAAAUCCAAUCAACUUGAAACUUAGUACACAUGUUCCCUAUGAUAUUAUAUUUCCAAUUUUAAUGCCAAAAUUAGAGUUGUUACCCUAAUUUCACAGUCCACUGAACAUAGAAAAUGGUACUGCGAGUGGGGCAUCCGUGUACUGUGAACACAUACUUGUUUUUAUAUAUUCAAAAUGCAAUAACGAGAACAACGUUUGUUAUAUAUCUCUGAAUGAUCUGAUAUUAUAUAUGCUUAAUUUGUCCAUUCAUGUUGUUAAAAUUUUCAUCGUUUGUUUAGUUGGUCUUGUUUUUGAUAUUGUUUGUUUUAUUUUUACAUCCUUAUAUAUGUGUCUAAUAGCAAUUUACAAACAAAAUGGCAAUAGAUAUCUUUAGAGCUCGAUGCAUUUCUGUCAAAAUUUCUGGUUUAAAUGAACAUCAUUCGUCCGUUUAGGGGCAUCGUCACUGCCAUUUCCAUGUUGAGCUUUUGGCUGGAAAACUAUGAUGCUAUAUUACACAAAUUAAUCGACGAAUUAAAUUCUCAUAAUUGACAAUAAGCCCAGCUGAAAUUAGGAAAUUGUGAUAAAGAACUUACCGAACAAACAUUAUUUUAUAGUUCAUCCUGCACAAUGACGAUCACAAAGAUGCUUAAUGAACGUUAAUAGUGUAGGGAUACAGGUGAUCCCCUCUAUCUGGUAAAUGACGUCAUAAAGGCGCGCAUAGUUGACGAGGGUUUAUUUUCUGGUAAAAGACAAACUCGAAAGUGGUCUAUUGUAGGAACACAUAUUCUUAAAAGGCUUUGGGAUAUAUUUUGGAUACUGAUGAUUUUUUAUGGAUGAAGAACUCUUGCAACCUAAUUUAAAUAUCGAAAAAAGUAUACAUUAAACAUUUAAGUGUCAAGAUAUACGGCCAAUUAAACAAUUCUGAAGUAGGACUUGACAUGUAUAAUAUAAACAAUAGAACUUAUCAUGGUUGAAGAAAACUUAAAGUCAUCGAAUCCAUUGUGGGUAUUUGGAAACAUAUCAACAGUUAAAGAUACUGGAAGGUUAUGAAAACACAACUUUAAGCUUAAGGCUACUCUGCACCUAAUCGGAUUCCUUUGUGUAGUCAAUAUUCAUGUCUACCUGGAUAGUAUUGAGCUAAGCUAAUGACUGUCAUUGAAUCUUAACAUAAUGUUGAGAGUUCAUUCAUCAUCACUAUAUAUGAUAUUUCAAUAUUGAAACUAUAUUCACUCAUGGAAAUCUCUUAUUUACAUUUUUAUCAUUUGUCUGUUGUGUUAUAAUAAUUUGUUUUGCUUUGUAUAUUGUUAUAUUUAUUAUUGCGAACAAAGUCCUUCUAAUCAUAUUCCCCCAAGUGUAAUUUAUUUUUGAUUAUCAUAUUCGGAUGGACUUUGAAUACUUCUUUAUAUUUUUAGAUGUAAACUUAUCUUGUAUUACAUAUCAUUUGCACAUAUCAAACAUUUGAUAACGGAAUAAAUGUCUGGCUCACUGUAAUCUUGAUAUUUAUGAUGAGUUAAUUUAUCAUUAUGAGUUUUUCUAUUGUUGUAUACCCUUGUAAAGAAAUUUUUCUCCUAUUUAAAAUACAAGUUUUAUAGACUGUGGCAUGGGGAAGAGACACCUGUCGGGGAUCAACUUAUUUAUAUACUGUUUAAAUUUUUUAAAUAUUGUAGCUUACCUUUUAACUAGUAGAUGGACAAAUUGUUUCUUAAAAUCAAGCUAACAAAAAAAACCGUUGUUAUAAUAAUUAAACCAACAGAGUUAUAAAAUAUAGAAAAAUGAUCCUUGAAUUGUCUUUGAUAUUCUUAUUACAACACCCCCCCCCCCCCAGGCCAAUGUAAUUAUGACAUGUACGAAAGUAUAUCAAGAAAGGCACUUCUGACGCAAGUAAUGUUAAAGUUUUAAUUUCAUUGAAACCUCAAAUCAUGUUUUAUCCAAUGUUUAAUUUUAAGUGGUACACACUGCACACACAACACUGUGAGUAUGUCACAAGUAGUACUUUCUCUCGAUCAAUGUCUGCAACGGAUAGUAACCAACCUAGUACUCAACACUUUUGUGUUGACAUGAAUUUUCAUUGACAUGUUCAUUUUCUAUAAAUUAGCUGUUUAUAAAAUGGUGAUUUAUUCGAAACACUUAUGUUUUUCAACCCUAAGGCAUAGAUACCCUUAACUACAUUUUGCAAAACUUUUCGAAAUUCUAGGAUAUUAAUGCUUUUUAGUUUUGUAUAAAACUGGCUUGCAAACCAUUUUAAUCCGAGUGCCACUAAAGAGACGAAACGUGCUUCUGUCGUAUCAAAUUGUAAACCUUGUAUAUUUGAUUACAUUUUCUAAAUUUCUAUGAAUUAUUUAGUAGAACCCUGUAGUUGUUAAAUAUGUAAACUUUUAUUUCAUUGACAUCACUUUCAUUUUAUAUUCAUGUUUUUACGAAAACGUUCAACUUUAUUUCAAUAGGUUUUAAAAUAAAUGCUGAAUUAAAACAUCUUGACAUUACUUAUAUCACGGCAUUGUUUUCUUCAUGAACUUCUACACAUUUACUUUUUUUUUCUAUAGAUUUUUAUUUAUACAUAUUGAUAAGCAUUCACAGAGAUACGCUGAAUCUAAUUCAUGUACAGGUAGUUAUAUUCCUAUUACAUCAAUGUGCAGAAUUAUACCGAAGAAUGACUCUUUCUCUUAUGUCCAUCAUGAUGCUAGUUUACCAAAGUUAUGUAUAAGAAAAGUUUUUCAUUUGUUGUUAAUUUAUCUGAUACAUUGAUUUAUAUUUUAAAUACAAAAACUUAUCUGAAAUGGAAAAAUCAAGAAUGUUAAUUGUACAAUAAAUUAUGUUUUAUA